AUGAAUAGGAGGCAGCAAAGGGCAUUCAAAGUGUUGUUUUGGAUUAUGGGAAUCGGUCUAACAUGUUAUCUUGCAGGACCACCUUUGUUAUGGACACUCCACGACACCUUCAGUUCUGAUUCUUCUUCUUCUUGUCCUCCUUGUCGUUGUGAUUGUUCUCUUCAAUCCCUUCUUUCUAUCCCAGAAGGAUUUAGCAACAAUUCUAUCUUAGAUUGCAUGAGGCAGGAUCCAGAGGUGAGUGAAGAAGCGGGGAAGAGUUUCACAGAUCUUUUGUCUGAAGAGUUAAAGCAAAAAGAAGGUGAAGCUGAAGAAAAGCAAAGACGUGCUGAUAUAUUACUGUUAGAGUCUAAGAAAGUAGCUUCACAAUAUCAAAAGGAAGCUGAUAAGUGCAAUUCAGGAAUGGAGACAUGUGAGGAAGCUAGGGAAAGAGCUGAAACAACACUUGAAAAUCAGAUGAAAGAAACUGCUUUGUGGGAACUUAGAGCUCGCCAAAGAGGAUGGAAACCUUCAGGGAAGAAAGCUCUAGCUUAG